CUUUCUUUUGUCCCACAACAAAUAACGGAACUAUCAUUUGACGACACUCGGUGCACCUCACGAAGCCUUCUCCACUCCUCAUCUUCGACCAUUCCUUUGGUUUAACAAUAACUCCAAACCUCCGAGGCUCCGACAAAGUAUCCAUGAGCUUCAGUUUAGCGCGCUUCUUCCUCCAAAUUGGAAAUUCUUCAAAAGCUGCAAAUAUCAGCAGCAGCAACUAUGGCUAUCUGCUUUCAACUCCCAACACACGCAAAUUUACCGCGAUUCCCACCACCAGAGCUCAUAAGUCGAUUGAGGAGCUGCUGGUGGUGGUUGGAGGCGGCGCUGCUGGGGUGUAUGGGGCAAUUAGAGCCAAGACUGUGGCACCUAAUCUUAAUGUGGUGGUUAUGGAGAAGGGAAAGCCUCUAUCCAAGGUGAAAGUAUCUGGGGGAGGCAGAUGCAAUGUCACAAAUGGGCAUUGUUCUGACCAUAUGAUUUUGGCAGAACAUUAUCCUAGGGGUCAUAGAGAAUUGAAAGGAUCUUUCUUCAACACACAUGGCCCAGUGGAUACCAUGUCCUGGUUUUCUGAUCAUGGGGUAGCACUGAAGAUUGAGGAUGAUGGAAGGGUGUUUCCCACCAGCAAUAGCUCGUCUUCAAUUAUUGAUUGUCUUCUAACCGAGGCAAAGCACAAGGGAGUUUCUCUACAAACUGGAAAAGUUGUAAUAAAUGCUUCUGUUGAUGCUGGUGGAAAGUUUCAUCUGAAGAUUGAGAAACGUACAGUUUUUGAAUCUGUUGAAGCUGAUUAUCUAUUGAUUGCGAGCGGGAGUAGCCGACAGGGUUAUAGUCUUGCAACUCAGCUUGGCCAUUCAAUUGUGGAUCCAGUACCAAGUUUAUUUACUUUCAAGAUUGAAGAUUCAUUGCUUGCAGAGUUGUCAGGGGUUACAUUUCCUAAAGUUGAAGCCAAGCUGAAAUUAGAAAAUGUCCAAAGGAAUAUUCCAUACCUUAAACAGGUUGGGCCUAUGCUAGUUACACAUUGGGGACUCAGUGGGCCAGUAAUUCUCCGGUUAUCUGCUUGGGGUGCUCGUGAUCUGUUUACUUCAGGUUACAAAGGCAUGCUUAUAGUGGAUUUUAUACCUGAUUUGCAUAUAGAAGACAUAAAGUCAAUCCUCAGUCAACACAAGAAUAAAUUUGCGAAGCAAAAAGCAGUCAAUUCAUUUCCUUCAGAAUUUGGCCUUGCAAAGAGAUUUUGGAAAUAUAUAUUGGAUCGUGAGAGUUUAAUUGGAGAUACCUUAUGGGCUUCCAUAUCAAAUAACUUUAUCAUUUCUAUUGCCGAUCUUUUGAAACAUUGUACAUUUAGCAUAAAAGGAAAGGGGCAAUUUAAGGAUGAGUUCGUCACUGCUGGAGGAGUUCCUUUGUCCGAGAUCUACUUGAACACAAUGGAAAGCAAGAUAUGUCCGCGGCUAUUCUUUGCAGGAGAGGUACUGAAUGUUGAUGGGGUGACUGGUGGUUUUAAUUUCCAGAAUGCAUGGUCUGGUGGAUACAUUGCCGGUACAAGCAUAGUCCCAGGUGCUAUUACUCUUUCUGGCCCAAGACCAUUCAAAGUUUAUACUAGAAGGAGGAACGAAGGAAGAGACAAGGAGUGUACUACACUGCUGCAAAUAGACAAGGAGAGUACUACACAGCUGGAAAUGGACGUUGGAGAGAAAUAUGGAGGAAGGAACACGUGGCUGAAAGCAGUUACAGUAAUGGGAGCAAAGCAGAAUAUAAGGGAUGAAGAAUAGAGCAGAAGGGACUCUGGAGGAAUUGUGUAAAAUUGGGCAGAAUUGUUAUAUGCGCGGGAGUCAUCCUGGGGGUUGGAUCACCAGCCAUUUUUAUCUUUCUUUUAUCUCUUUUUUUUGUCUUUUAUUUCUAUAGUAGAAGCCAUCAAUGGAAUUGUAUUUCCGAAGGGUUGUAUUGUGCUGAAAGUCUAUCAAACAUUUGUAUUACUUUAAUACAAUCAAUCGCAGUUUCUAUAUUGUUCUUA